UUACAUGGAGCAGAUUUUGAGCGGAAAAGCGGAACGGAAAAUUAUAAAAUAUUAAUUUUUAACGAUAUUUAUUGAUUAAAAUGCUUAUAUUCAAUAGAUAAGCUAAAAAGAUAAGCAUAUUAAUGAAAAUUACAAUUAAUUAAGUGAAAACAAUGUUAAAAAAUGAAUAAAAAUAUUUAUUUGUUACCAUAUCGUUCCGCUUUUCCGCGCAAAUUGUGCUUCAUGUAAUAUAAGGAAAAAACAUUCGCGGAACGAGCGCGUCAAAUAUUAAGUGGAUACAGUAUAUUCCAUCAAAUUUUGGAGACGAGUGAAGGAGAACGUUUUUAUAUAUUUCGAUUAUUUUAUUAUUUUAAAAGUAACAGUAUAAUAAUGGAUCCAAAUAUCAUAUUGAUGAUUAUUAUGAAGUAUCUCAUAUAAGCACGGGAUGAACCGAUGAGAUAUGCAGAGAUAACUAUGAAAAAGGUUAUCUCAAUGUAUAUUUUAUAUUUGCGUUACAAGAAACUGCAAGGCAGAAAGAACCGUAAAAUAUGGGUACGGCCUAUUUUUACUGAGACAAGAAGACUUCUUCAAGGUGACAGCGACAAUCUACUUGUGGAGAUGCGAUUGGGAGAUCCUGAAAAAUAUUUCAACUAUCUCAGAAUGUCACCAAUAAUGUUUACCGAAUUACUCAAUAUUGUUUGGCCACUCAUCGAAAAACAACAUGUAGUUCGACAACCAAUAUCGGCCAGAACGAGAUUAUAGGUGACUAUACGAUGGUUGGCAUCUGGAGACAGCAUGACAUCACUAUCGUAUGCUUACCGCAUUGCCCAAUGUACGCUAUCACGAAUUAUUCCGGAAACUUGUAAAGCAAUUUGGCUCUCCUUAAAGGAAAAAGUUAUGAUUGAUCCAACCGAUGAAAAUUGGAGUACAAUUGCAGAAGACGUUGAGACAACAUGCCAAUUUCCACACUGCAUAGGCGCUAUCGAUGGGAAGCAUGUCGAAAUUCAGGCACCGCCUCGUAGUGGUUCCUGCUACUACAACUAUAAAGGAAAGCAUAGCAUAAACCUGCUCGCAGUAAGUGAUGCCAAGAACCGCUUCACUAUUGUUGAUAUUGGAGCAGAAGGAAGGCAAAGCGACGGAGGUGUUUUUGAAAACAGCGGGUUACCGCAUUUACUUGAAACAAAUGCUCUCCAUAUCCCUCUACCUAUCGUCUGGAUAAUAUGGAUUUGGAUUUUCCGUACGUUUUGUUGGGAGAUGAGGCUUUUCCUCUAAGCACACAUAUGAUGCGACCAUACCCUCGAAGUGGACGGCUAAAUAUCAGCAGAAAAAUUUUCAACUAUCGCUUGAGUCGAGCAAGGAGAACAGUUGAAUGUGCUUUCGGAAUUUUGGUUGCAAGAUGGAGAAUAUAUCGUCAACCUAUUGUUACAUGCACAUCUACUGCCGUAAAAGCUGUACAAGCAACAGUUGUCUUGCAUAAUUUUAUUAUUAAUAAAGAAUUGGACUUACCACUUGCAGAAAGAAGGUAUUGUACUAUACAAGAAGAAGAGUUUAAUCUCCUGGCUACAAGUAAUGGAUUAACAGAUGUAAAUUAUAGAAAUACUUCACAAAAGUCUGCAGCAGUGAAAAUUCGAGACAACUUUACUCAUUAUUUCGAGCAUGUCAAUCCUCUAUCAUGGCAGUGGGAUAAAGUUUUAACUAACAACUUUUAAAAUAUGUAGUUUUAAUUCAACGCACUUGUAAAUAACUGUAUUAAUUAGAAUUUUGUAUU